AUGUCAAACGUCAAGUCAAUCGUGCAAGGUCGCCAAUCGAUAGUGUUCGCUUUUUAAAAAAAAACAUUUUCCAGCCAAAUGAUUCUCACGACCUCAUCCAUUAUUCGAGGUAUUGCUGCAUUCGCGAAGCAAGCGUCAGUGCGAACACUUCACACUACCCAAAUCGCUAUGGCUCCGAUCAAGGUUGGAGAUACUAUCCCAUCAGUGGACCUGUUUGAGGAUUCGCCGGCUAACAAAGUGAACUUGAAGGAUCUGUCGUCGGGGAAGAAAGUGGUGUUGUUCGCAGUCCCCGGCGCCUUCACUCCAGGAUGUUCCAAGACGCACUUGCCGGGCUACGUGGAGAAGGCGGACCAGUUGAAGUCGGAAGGCGUCGCGGAGAUUGUGUGCGUGGCUGUCAAUGACCCCUAUGUGAUGGCUGCAUGGGGCCAGCAGCACAAUACCAAGGGAAAGCUCCGCAUGCUGGCUGACCCCAGCGGGCAGUUCAUCAAGGCUCUGGACCUGGGCACCAACUUGGCGCCACUUGGGGGCUUCCGUUCGAAGCGCUUCUCCAUGGUCAUCAACAACGCCAAGGUGGAGGAACUCAACGUCGAGCCCGACGGCACCGGCCUCUCCUGCUCCCUUGCAGACAAACUUAAAAUUAAGAAGUAAAAACAUAAUUCAAAUGUAGAUCUAAGAUUCCAUUUUAUCAAUAUUGAAUUGUGAUCUAACACCUACAUAGCUUUAAACACGAACCUUGGACUAUCAAAGCACUCUUUGUGAUAUCAAAAAUCAAUUAUCUAUGUAAAAUAUAACUUUAUAAAGUACAAUUUUGUUGUUUUGAAAAGAUCAUAAUGUUGGCUGAUCUGAUAUUGAGUUUUGAUGUGAUUUUUUGUGAAUGUUUUGUUUUUAAGCUUUUUAGAUUAUAUUACUUUGUACCUCAA